ACCAGCCACAGCCACUCAGUUGGGGCCCAGGUGAGGUGUCCGAUGAGAGCCCUGUAUGUGCUGACAGACGGUUCUGUUGCAGCAUAGCCGGAGCCCGGGUUAAACCACAGUUGUUAAUAAGCCGGUUGGUGAGGGAAUUGAGAAUGGACUUUCAACAAUGCUAGCAGUACCAUGGGCAGCGCCGCACUUCGCUGUUUCUGCUAUGGGUGCCUUUUUACAUCUGUGACCUGGACACUUCUGCUCUUUAUUUAUUUCAACUUCAGUGAAGAAAGCCAAGGUUUCAGACAUGUGUCCGUCAAGGGGCUUGAACCCUACAAACCGUACCCUAAAAAAAUCUAUCCGCGCAUUUCUCGUGAUUCCGCAGGACGACCUGAUGGAUCUAGAAAGGGUUAUGUUGGAAACGCAGUUGGAAACCAUGUUGGAGAAUUGGAGGAAACCAAUACAGCAGAUUUGUCUCCAGAAAUGGGUAUGAUUUUCAAUGAGCAAGAUCAAGAUGUGCGUGAUGUUGGCUAUCAGAAACAUGCCUUCAAUGUGCUAAUUAGCAAUCGACUUGGCUAUCAUCGAGAGAUCCCAGACACUAGAGAUUCUAAGUGUAUGAAAAAGACUUAUCCUGCUAAUCUCCCUCUGGCCAGCAUUAUUAUUUGUUUCUAUAAUGAAGCCUUUUCAGCCUUGUUGAGAACUGUACACAGUGUGUUGGACCGUACGCCAUCAAAUCUGCUACAAGAAAUCAUAUUGGUAGAUGAUAACAGUGAGCUAGAUGACUUAAAAGGACCAUUAGAUGAUUACAUGCAUGAAAAUCUUCCCCAAAAUGUUAAACUGGUGAGGAACAGGCACAGAGAAGGGCUGAUUCGUGGGAGGAUGAUCGGAGCAUCUCAUGCUACAGGGGAUGUGCUGGUGUUCCUGGAUAGCCAUUGUGAAGUGAAUGAGAUGUGGCUGCAGCCUCUUCUUGCUCCCAUUAAGGAAAACCCCAAAACAGUGGUGUGCCCGGUUAUAGAUAUUAUCAGUGCGGACACAUUAAUCUACAGCUCCUCCCCUGUUGUACGUGGGGGGUUUAACUGGGGUCUGCACUUUAAGUGGGAUCCAGUUCCUCUGUCUGAUCUGGGAGGCACUGAGGGAUUCAUUGCUCCAUUUAGGUCUCCAACCAUGGCUGGUGGACUUUUUGCAAUGAACAGAGAAUACUUUAAUACUCUGGGACAGUACGACAGUGGCAUGGACAUCUGGGGAGGAGAAAAUCUAGAAAUAUCAUUUCGGAUUUGGAUGUGUGGUGGCACACUUCUGAUCGUACCAUGCUCUAGGGUCGGGCACAUCUUCCGCAAACGGCGUCCUUAUGGCUCACCUGGAGGUCAUGACACUAUGGCCCAUAAUUCCUUGCGUCUGGCACAUGUGUGGAUGGAUGAAUAUAAGGAACAGUAUUUUGCUCUCCGACCAGAACUGAGGAACCGGGAUUAUGGAGAUAUCAGUGGACGUCUGAAAUUAAGGAGCAGAUUAAAUUGCAAAUCAUUUAAAUGGUAUUUGGACAAUAUAUAUCCUGAAAUGCAAGUCUCUGGUUCCAAUGCCAAACCUCAGCCACCUGUUUUUGUUAACAGAGGUGCAAAACGGCCAAAAAUACUGCAGCGUGGGAGGCUUAUCAACAUGCAAACAAGUCGGUGUCUUGUGGCCCAGGGUCAUCCAAGUCAGAAGGGGGGUUUAGUGGUGGUGAAGGAGUGUGAUUUUAAUGAUCCUGAUCAGAUCUCUUGGGAUAGAGAUAGAGUUGCCGCUGUAUCCAAUGUCUCCCAGGAUGAUGCUGUUUAG